GCUACGGAACAUGGCGUACGGUGUGCUGCGUUUCUGCUGCUGUGCAUUUGUCAAACUUCAUGACGUGUAAAUCGUUUGUUCUCAGAUCUACGGCAUCGCGAAAACAUCUUCGAUGUGUAGACCUACGCAGUGUGCCAGCGUGGGACGCAGUGAUCAGUGACACCUGCUUUCGCCUAAGCUUCAGCUGCUUCGUACAAAUUGCUCGGUCGCGACAGCUGGGAUGAACAAGAAGUACAACACGGCUGCUCAAAGACUUCGCCAAGAUUAUCUGCGGCUCGUCAGGGAUCCGGUACCCUACAUUAUAGCUCACCCCCUGCCAUCAAACAUACUCGAGUGGCAUUAUGUUGUACGAGGGCCAGAAAACACGCCAUACGAAGAUGGCAUCUACCAUGGGAAACUCAUGUUCCCGGCCGAGUUCCCCUUUAAGCCACCCAGCAUCUUGAUGAUCACCCCCAGCGGCCGGUUCAAGUGCAACACUCGCCUCUGCCUCAGCAUCUCGGACUUCCAUCCAGACAGCUGGAACCCCGCAUGGUCCGUUGCCACCAUCCUCACCGGGCUGCUAAGCUUCAUGGUGGAAAAAAACCCGACGUUGGGAAGUAUUGACACGACCGACAGAGAAAAGAGGCAACUUGCGAGGGAGAGCCUAGAGUUCAACUUGAAAGAUGAAAUGUUCUGCGAGUUGUUUCCCGACCUGGUUGAGGAAAUCAAGGAGCAGAUACAGAAGAGGAAAACGGAAGUGGAGGCGCAGAACGCGUACCUGGCCGAGCGCAGCCUGUCGGGCAGCAGCCUUGGCGACCAAGGGUACGGCCUUUUGGGAAGCACCCUUGCCAACAUUUUCGUCAUCGUUGGCUUCGCAGCGUUCGCGUACACCGUGAAGUAUGUGCUGACAUUCAGCGCCAAGUGACUGCGGCCGCCGCGCGCACAAGACCCAAGGUGGGGGAGUUGCGCGUGCGGACAACAAGGGACUCAAAAGAAACUAAAAAAAGAAAAGGGGGAAAAGGGUGGGAAAGUAAAGUCGUGUUGUGCCACCAGCCACUUUAGCAUUAUGUACAUAGCUACGCACGUGCUUAUUUCUAUGGGAGUCGCUUUCGACCGACUCUUAAUAUCGGGGAUGAGACUCUGCUCUCGAGUCUUCUGAAACGAGGGGUAGAGUGGCACACAAUCUGCUGAGCUUCUACUUCAAUUCCUUCUUCCAUCACUCAGAAAGCAGACGAGUAAACAGCAGUGUGUCCAUGCUGUGUUCUUCAAGAAACCUUGUCUGGAUAAAGGUUGCCAAAGUGUUUCGGCGAGUCGGCUUUAUUUGUAGAAGUGGAGGAGCAACAGUUGGGGGAUGUUCCGAGGUUCGUUUAGCACUUUUGGAUGAAAACAGCAUGAAAAGUGGUUUCCCAGUGAAAAAGAAAAAAAAAAUACUAUGUGCAACUUGUUAUUAACGUUUUGUCAGUGUUGAUGGUGUAUGUAUGAAAAAACGUUUGUCACAAUGACCAUAUUUCGUACUUCCUUUUUUUUCCCCCACAAAGCGUGGCAGGGGGUUAUUUUAAUUCUAUACCACUGCAAUAGCAGUGGCAUUCUUUGUGGGGUGAGUGAAAACGUUCAAGAUUUAUGCUAGACGAGGUUAUUUUUUAUCUCAUCAACAGUCUUUUGGUGUACAUGGUUAGCUUUUGUCCCUUUCUAGUUAAUUUCAUUAUAUAUAAAUAAAAAGCAAUUAAGUAUCAGGUGUCUAUGUGCAUCGUGUGUGAAAUGUGCGAAUUGCUGUGCCCUCUGUUUUUGUUGUGGGGUAAACGAUAUGUACAGUUAACAAAUUGCUGUGAAAUUGAAGCUUGACCUGUCCCUUGCCGAGGCAUGCAUCACGUUUCCCAUCGCUGUCCGAUGCUAGACGUGGAGAAAGCCAUAUUUCUGCGCCUUGUUAAAGAAAGAAAAAAAGUGUAUCAUAUUAAAAUUUUUCAGAAAGAAA